AUGACUUUCACUACGAGCAACGGCCCGAGCAGAAGCACUCGGCGCAUUUCCCAGUUCCUUUCUCGAGCCAUCCUGCCGCUGCCGCCCCCCUUCCGCCUACGAAUACAAUACGGGCGGACCAACACACAGCGACGCAGUGCUGUUCCUGGCGACAAGAGACGAAAAGUGGGGGCCACGAGGGGAACCCUGCCUGUUCUGCUUCCAGAUUCGCCAGCGCCAAACGGCUCUAACGCCCAGGGCGGCCCAGGCCCCUAA